ACUGAAAUCCACUGAAAUCAUUUCGUGGGCUAAUAAUGAAAAGGAAUUACGCUCUUUCUUCGAGUAAUGACGCUAUUCUUCUAUAAUUGUUUUGAUGAAACUGUAGCUUCCUGAAGCAGUAACUGAGACCACGGCGCCUAACUCCAGUACAGAGAUAUAAAAGUGUAAUCCAUACUAAUUAAUGUCUUUAUAAUAUGAUUACAAUGAAUUAUCGAGGAGAACGUCAGGAAUUUUUUGCAUUUGUUAUAUACAUAUAUUUUGUGUGGGGGGAGGGGGGACGGGGCGCGAGCAGAGCUGAUCUGUGAUUAGCAAGGCGUCUUAACGGGAAUGUGUAACAAACCCCAUUAGAACAUUACACUGUUUACUGUGUAAUUUUGUUUUAGAUAUUUUAAGGUCUGUUUUGCUUUGACACAAUAGGCAAAUUAUUGAUAUUAGAAGGUCAUGGUCAGCAGUAGAUGUGUGCAGAGGCAUAGGGACAGGACAGGAGGACAGACAAGGCCCCCGAGUUGGGCUGAUUACAAAGCCCAGUACAAGUACAAAUCUAGUUUAUUUGUGUAUUCUGUUUUUCCACAAACGUGAAAAUAAAGGAACUGUGUUUAUUAAAUUCUCUUUGUUGAUAUAAUUAAUUUAGACUUCACGCUCAAAUAAUGGUCAUAAAUUUUACCAUGUCUGGGGGGUGGUUGCCUUGGAGGGCCCCAUGGAGUUUAUUUGCCUAGGGCCCCCAGUGUCCCUAGAAUCACUUCUGGGUGUGUAGAUAGUUAAUUGUUGAUGAGUUAAACGUUAGGCUUGAAUAAUGUGCUAUGCUGCAUGUACACGAAUUGUUUCGGGUAAUCGUAACGUGGUUUGGUUUUCUGCGCAUUACUGCGUGGUACUAGAAUAGCGUAAUUCGUUGUUUUACGCCACACAGCAAAUUGGGUGUCGUGUGCUGUGGGGUAAUGCUGUCCUCACCUUCGUUGUAUUACCGAAGAGGGCAUGGGCUUGCGUGAUUGUCCCGGUCCUCUUAUUAGAUCAGCAGCGAAAGUAGACUGAUCUAGUGUGUGUGCAUGCAGCAAAAUGGACUUGGCGAGGGCUGCAUCGGGGGGAGAGCACAUGCUUGCAGAGCGAUCGCGGCGCUUUCGCGCUCCUCCGAAGGACGGCUGAUCCCGCAGGAGAGGCGGGCGAUCACCGAGCCCGGAGUAUCCGCGGCGGUUGAGCCUGACGAGGCGCGCGACGCCAUGCCGACUUCUGACUGUGCAGCCGGCGACACGGGGGAGCUGUGUGCCCCCAUGAAGGACAUGGAGCUGGGGAUGCAGCGCUCCUUCUUUAACGCGUCCCGGGAGUUUCCAGAAGUUAUCUCCCUUAAUGUGGGGGGCAAAUACUUCACCACGCGACUUUCCACCCUGCGGCGCUUCGAAGAUGGCGUGCUGGCAGCCAUGUUCAGUGGACGACACCAUCUUCUCCUGGAUGCUGAGGGACGCUACUUCAUCGACCGGGAUGGAACAUAUUUUGGGGACAUCCUGAACUUCCUGCGUUCGGGAGAGCUUCCUCAGAGGGAGCGGGUACUGGCAGUGUACAUCGAAGCCCAGUACUAUGGAAUCGGACCCCUGCUGGAGAAUCUGGAGGCCACCCAGCCCCUCACAGGGGAGAAAGUGAGGCAAGCAUUUCUCGGGCUUCUGCCUUACUACAAAGAGAAUCUGAAGCGUAUCAUGGAGAUCGCCAAGCUGAGGGCUGUGCACAGGAAGGCCCGGUUCGCCAAGCUCAAGAUCUGCGUGUACAAGGAGGAAAUGCCCAUCACACCAUACGAGCGCCCGCCCUUCAGCACGCUGCCCCUGGAGCGCCCCGAGAGCGAGGCCAAGCUGUUCAAACACCAGUGCGAGGUGGACGUGUCCUUUGGGCCCUGGGAGGGCGUGGCCGACGUUUAUGACCUACUGCAUUGCAUUGUGGGAGACCUGGCAGAGCGUGGCGUGGCAGCCGAGCAGCAGUGUAUCGGCGUGUGCGAUAAGCACCUCAUCAGCCACUACUACUGCAAGAGGCCCAUCUAUGAGUUCAAGAUCACAUGGUGGUGAGAGGGCGGGGCUACAGCGCUUCCCGCCUGUUUGUCACAUCCCUGCACUGAAGCCUCACAGGACAAGCAAAGGUACUUCUUCAUCCCUUUGAACAAACUUUAUUUUAAAACAGGAGAUCUGUGCAGGGGUUUUACAGCUGGAGUCUCUGUGAGCUGCACUGCAUCAUAGCUAAAACACCCUGCAGAAGCAUGACAGAUUAUUCUGGGAAUUUUGUCAAGCUCAGACUGUUAUCUUAAAUAACUUAUGAUCAUGAUUGUGCUAAAAUACAUCUGUCCACAUUGAAGAAUCUUCUGUCCUGUUCUAUCUAUGGUCACAUGCCCUCCCACACGACGCAAAGCUUCCAGUUCUGCACACGCAUAACUAGAUGGAGUAAAUGGAAGUAAAAUGGGACCACAAGCGGAAACCAAGAUGGCUGCCCCGGAGGACUGUGUGAACUUGGACUGAGUCUCUCUGAGGGAGUUUGUUAUCUCCCCCCCCAUAUGGAAGUGUUUCUAAGCAUAUUGGCUCCGUGCUAAUUUUGUGUUUACUGUGCCACUAAAGAACUGUAAAAUAAUAAGCUUCAUGUUUGUGGAGCAUGCCAGUAUUGGACUUACAGAUUAAUAGCGUAUUUAUUUGAAUUAAGAGUAUUUAUUUAGAAUUUAUUUAGAUUAACGCUGGAAACCCCGAAACUUUUGGGGAAAGUUGCUACUUUUGUGUGUACUGUGGUACUCCUGUUUUAAAAAUUUACAACUUUUGAAAUGUAACAACCAUUAAAUGAUCAUUAAGAAAAAGUCA